UGCACAACAAGCCGACCCGAAAUAUGAUUAUCCUUUUCUUGGCUCCGAUCUUUAGUCGAUUUUCUUGUUUUCCUCUUCAGAACUCUUAUUGAGUCACAGAAAACCAAAGUUGAAAUUUCUAAAUCCUUAAGGCUUCAGCUUCUCUCUCUGUGCUUCGACUCUGUGGGGUGUAUUUGAGAUCCAUGGCGGCCUUGCAAUACCUAGAGUCUAUUCAAAAUGAACAUCCAGAGCUAGCCGACUGGUACAAUUCUCUUGCAGAUCUGUAUCAGAAGAAACUCUGGAAUCAACUCUCUCUCAAGCUCGAUCAGUUCGUUGCACUCUCCGCCUUUCAGGCUGGAGAUGCACUGAUAAAGUUGUAUCACAACUUUAUCACUGACUUUGAGACCAAGAUUAAUCCUCUCAAGCUUGCACAUUUUGCUGUUAUAGUUUCUCAGCAGUACUCAGAGAAAGAGGCUGCUAUCAGUUUUCUUGAAGGGGUGAUUGAAAAGCUUCAGGCUACUAAAGAGCGGCGAAUAGAAGAGCCAAUUCUUUAUAUUAAGAUGCAAAUCUCCAAAUUCAAGCUUGAGCAAGGUGAUCAAAAGGAAUCCAAUUAUGGGGGGUUUAGUUCAAUUAUAGUUUGGGCUGUUAAUCAAGCUUUGAUAAAGAGUCUUCUGGGGACCAAGGUGGAAUGGCUUUAUUAUAUCCUCCAAGCUUUCAACGCAGGGAAUUUGGUUCGCUAUGAAGAAUUGUGGCGGGUGCACAAUGCUGCAUUGGGGGCUCAACCAGCCCUGGUUGAGAAUGAGAAGAAGCUGUUGGAAAAAAAUAAUAUUCUCUGCUUGAUGGAGAUUACCUUCAGAUGCAACCGCCCAUUUGAUGAUCGAACUAUUCCAUUAAAAGUUAUUGUUGAGAGAACAAAACUGUCAAUUAAAGAUGUCGAGCAUCUUCUCAUGAAGAGCCUGUCUGUUCAUCUGAUUGAGGGCAUAAUUGAUCAAGUUGAGGGAGGAGUUCAUGUUUCUUGGGUGCAACCAAGAGUUUUGGGGAUUCCACAGAUCAAAUCCUUGCGUGAGCGGUUGGAUAGUUGGAUGGAAAAAGUGCACACUGCCUCGUUAUGGAUUGAAGCUGAAACGCCUGAUCUUGUUGCAUCAUGAUUUUCCUGUCCGGAUCCUUCUGCCCAUUGUAAAAAUUUCGUUAUUCGGAAAGAAAGAAAAAGAGAGUGAGCGAUGAGCAAUGAGGAUAUUGAUAAGUGUUGGUGAUUUGUGCAGGUAUUGCUUGAUCCUUGUAUCAUUGUUCUGAAAGGAGGGGUUCAUAUACUAAACUUUUUCACGUUUUGGCACUUUAAAUUAGCUGAUCCUAUUCUCAUAUGUAAUGGGAUAAGGAGAGAUAGGAUAAUAGGUUGUCCCCAACGACUAGGUUGAGAGCAGCUUUCGUGAGAGACCUCCGACAGUCAGAAUUAUGAAUUACUCACCGUGGGACUCGAUCCCACGACCACAAGGUUAAGAGCCUUGCGCUCUAACCAACUGAGUUGGACGGACAAUUCAACGUUUUGGCACUUUAAGAAAUUCUCAAAUGAUGUUGUGGCACGCCAAAACAUGUCGAUACUAUAACUUAGCACAAGAAAAUUGGGAACAACUUUGUGAUUUGUUUAGUGAUCUUGAAUAUCAGAGGAAGUGUGAAACUAAUGUAAGAGUUGGAAGAAAUGUCAAGUUAACUCCUAAUCAAGGAUCUUGGGCUUUUGUCGUUGGUUGAUAUGCUAUGUGCAAAGAUGAUGAACCAAAUAGGAUGAAUUUCUUCAAGACAACUCAUUAAUCAAAUGACAAAGGAUGGAUAACAACUGAGGAGAAAUUGGUGGAGUUGCAAUCAAUUCCAGUUGAAGGAGCAGAAUCUAAGAAUAUUGAUGAUAUAAUGGAUGAGGUA